AUGGACAAUGGUUUUGUGAUUGGUACCCAGUUCAGUGAAAUGACAAUAUAUAACCUGCGUAAGCCACCCAACUGGAAGUGGCCUUUACCAGUCCUACACAAAUCACAACAGCCAUCUGAGAACCUUGGUGAUUUUGGCAGCCACCAUACAGCACGGGGCUAUUUAACGAAUGACACUGCGAGCAAACAGCUUGCUGAUUGGGCACCAGCACAGGAUCAGUACCUGUUCGAUGCAAAACAAAAGGACCACUUUAAGAACCGCCUGGACUGCUUGCUGCCUCUGCUUUCUCUGUGCCUUGGUGAGACAAGAGACUUGGAUGACAGUGAGCUGCCGCAAUCCAGAGAAGAUAGAGGUGAUGCUGUCUUCCUCCUGGCUCAUUCCCAUAAUGGGUAUUCCUGUAUUGACAGCCAAUCACUGUUGACAGCAAGGAUGAUCAACUACACUGCUGUUGAACUGUAUCAAGAUAUUUAUGACUCUGCUUCCUAUUUAGGACAAGUUAAGAACAUCAGGCUGGAAAGACUUCCAGAGUCGAAUCCAGUCCCCUGCUAUCACAGUGUCUAUGAACCAGACAGAAAUGUUCUGCGGAGGAAAGAAUGGGAGAGGAGAAAUCAGGAGGCACAGCAGGAAGAUGGUUCAUUUAAUACCAGUUACUCCCUAUUCAGUGAACCGUACAAGACUAACAAGGGAGAUGAGCUCUCAAAUCGUAUCCAGAAUACAUUAGGCAACUAUGAUGAAAUGAAGGACUUAUUGACGGAUCGAUCCAACCAGAGUCAUCUUGUUGGAGUUCCAAAACCUGGGAUUCCACAGGCACCUGUGAACAAAACUGAUGAACAUUUUAUUGCAGAUUCAAGACCACAGCCUCAGCCUUCCAUCUGCAGCACUUCAUCAUCCAUACCAGCAGCUCUAUCUGGUCAGCAAAGCAAGAGCCCGACAAUGGGUUGGCAGAAAGCUGGGCACAAUGCUUCUGAUGGACAGCAGAGGGCAAGCAAGCAAGGUACUUUAAGAUCCGUGCUUGGAGACAGUGUCAGCAAAGCACAACAGCAGUCCAAAUUAAAUUGCAGUGUAGAAGCAGGAUCUCAGGCUCAAGAAAGGCCAGCAAAACACAGCACUGGGCACUGUGUUCAGAACUUCCCUCCUUCACUUGCUUCAAAGCCCAAUAUAGUUCAACAGAAACCAACGGCUUAUGUAAGACCAAUGGAUGGUCAAGAUCAGGCUCCUGAUGAUUCUCCAAAGCUAAAGUUAUCGGCAGAAGCUAAAAUGCACUGUACAUCAUAUAGGGGAGUACCUUCUAAUAAGCCUGACCCAGCUAUGGCCAAGACCAAGAUGGCAAAAUUUAACAUUCCCAAACAAGAAGAGGAGAGUGGAACAGGAGAUAACAGCUGUAUUGAAGAAAUUUUGCGGGAGAUGACCCAUUCUUGGCCUCCCCCACUCUCAGCUAUUCACACACCUGGAAAAGUGGAACAGAGCAAGUUUCCAUUUGCAAACAAGGAGUCGCAGCAGGUGUCUACAGGACACAGCAAUCCAAGGAAAGGUGAUGCUGAGCCAAAGAAUCCAGAAAACAGUGCAUCACAUACAUCAAUGCUAGAAGAUGACCUCAAGUUAAGUAGUGAUGAAGAAGAGAAUAAUCAGCAGGCAGCACAGAGAUCUACUCUCCGCGUUCUGUCUGACAGCAUCGUCGUGCCGCAGCCCAGUAGCAGAACCUCGGGGCUCUCCAGCAAGAGGUCAAGCAGCAGCAGCUCCAGUGAAUCCGAGAGCAGUUCCGAAUCUGACUCAGAGAGUGAAAGCAGUUCCAGUGAGAGUGACGGCAGCAAGCCCUCUCAUUACUCCAGCCCAGAGCCUGAGCAGCCAUCAUCAAACAAGUGGCAGUUGGAUAAAUGGCUAAAUAAAGUUAAUCCUCACAAAACAUCUAUUCUUAACCAAAAUGAUAACCAUGGACUGGAGAGCAAUCAGUAUUACAGCAGAAUAAAGGAUGAAGGACAGGAGUGUGAGAAAAUACCAGCUAUUUGCCAAACUGACCUUAGAGACAAGGAAAUUAAGAACCCCAGCAAAGAGGAGUUGAGGCCUAGAACUGCUAAUAAAGCACCAGGAAAUAAAGGAGGGAAGCAGAAAUCACCUCCUACGGCUGCUGCUGUUCCUGGAGACAGCGGCCCUCAGAGAAGGACGACUUGUAAAAAACAGCCAAGAAGAACAGAGAGGACCUCUGGUGGGGAUGCCUUGAACUGCCAUACAUCUGAGGAUCUCGCUUUGAGCCAAGUAUUUUUGGAAAAUAACAUCUGUGAACAACCUAAAGCCAGGCCCUGCAACAACAGAACUGGGCACAGAAAAGAGCCCCGCUCUGUCGCUGCGUGUGAAAAGAGACGUACCAGAGGGCCAAGCAAAACUGCCCCCAAAUCCAAGGAAUUUAUCGAGACGGAGUCUUCGUCUUCAUCAUCUUCCUCAGAUUCAGAUUCAGAAUCCGAACAAGAGGAAUAUCCUCUGCCCAAACCUCAAACUGUGGCCUCUGCUUCAGGUGGGAGUGAUCAGAGGUUGAAGGACUCCGUGAGCAGUAACACCAACAAAACUAACAGCAGCUGCAGUGCCUUUGGCUCCAUUAAUGCCAGGACUAGUAAUGAUAUAGCAAAGGAGCUGGAGGAACAGUUUUAUACUCUAGUUCCUUUUGGCAGGAAUGAGCUCCUGUCUCCUCUGAAAGACAGUGAUGAGGUAAAAUCACUGUGGGUCAAAAUUGAUUUGACUCUUUUGUCCAGAGUUCCAGAGCGUUUACCUGAGGAGUCACUGGCAAUGAGCACUGGAGGAAAAGAAGAAGCCAGCCUUCAGCAGAAUAAUUGUACUUACCCACCAGCAGAAAAGGUUGUGCCAAAAUCUAGAAGGAAACGCAAGUGUGAAAAUGAAGACGAGGACAGGGAGAUCAAGAAGACUCAUUUAGAGCGAGAGUGUUCUUCACAAUUAAUUGCCUCUGCCCCAGGUAUUUCAACAGCAAAUCAUUGCAACAGGAAUGAACAUAGCUUGGCGAUACCAAUAAAUAAAAAUGAGAAAAUGCUUCGGUCACCCAUCUCACCCCUCUCUGAUGCAUCAAAACACAAAUACUCCACUGAUGAUUUAACUUCUUCCAGUAGACCUAAUGGCAGCAGUCUAUUACCUUCCUUGUCCUCCAGCAAAAAACAUAAGAGUGAAAUCCAGCCACAGCCACAUCCUGCAGACUGCAAUAAAGCAGUUCACAUCAAUUCAGAAAGUGUUCUCUGCAACAAGCCACACUCCCAAACAGAGCCUUGGCCAUCUUUAUCCAGGGCACACAAAGACUGCAGAAGAACAAAGCUCAUCUUUGAUGAUAUACCACGCAAUGCAGAUCACUUUAUGCAAGAAGCUAAACGGAAGAAGCAUAAAGCAGACGCGAUGGUGGAGAAAUUUGGAAAGGCACUGAAUUACGCUGAAGCAGCAUUAUCGUUUAUUGAAUGUGGAAAUGCUAUGGAACAAGGCCCCAUGGAAUCUAAAUCCCCUUAUACAAUGUAUUCAGAAACAGUUGAACUUAUCAGGUAUGCUGUGAGACUAAAAACCCACGCAGGCCCUAAUGCCACUCCAGAGGACAAACAGCUAGCAGCAUUAUGUUAUCGCUGUUUGGCGCUUCUAUACUGGAGAAUGUUCCGACUCAAAAGAGACCAUGCUGUAAAGUAUUCAAAAGCACUUAUUGAUUAUUUCAAGAAUUCAUCGAAAGCUGCCCAGGCUCCAUCUCCAUGGGGUGCCAGUGGAAAGAGCACAGGAACUCCAUCCCCCAUGUCUCCUAGCCCUUCUCCUGUCAGCUCAGUAGGAUCCCAGGGGAGCACCGGUGCCCCUUCCCCCUCUUCCACUAUCAGCAUUCCACAGCGUAUUCAUCAGAUGGCAGCCAAUCACGUCAGUAUUACCAACAGCAUCCUGCACAGCUAUGACUACUGGGAGAUGGCUGACAAUCUAGCCAAGGAAAAUAGAGAGUUUUUUAAUGAGUUGGAUGCAUUGAUGGGACCUGUCACCCUACACAGUAGUAUGGAGCAUUUAGUUCAGUACACUCAACAAGGACUUCACUGGGUACGGAGUAGUGCUCACGCAAAAGACUGUGUGCCAUUCAAAUGAACUGCAUAAUCUCCCAUGGACAAUUCAGUUAUUCUGGACACUGUGCUACAGAAAUAAUCAACCAUAGCAUCCAAACAAAGGUGAAUAUUUCUUCAAUGUUGAACAACAUUUUUCAGAAUGUAGACAUAUAUGUGUGUAUGGAUAAUAUGCAGCUAUGUCUCUCCAGAAUGCAUUGUUCCAUAGCAAUCUCCAAACAUCGUCAUUCUCUAGACAAAAUUGACCACAGAUGUCUUAAUACACACACACAUUUCCUAUGCCUGUGCUUAGAAAAAUUCAGAAACCAAAAUCUCAUGAGUUAAUUGAACCAAGUGCAAUAAACACAAUGGCUCCUAGUCAGGAAUGCACUUAAGUGUGUGUUUAACUUUAAGCAUGUGCUUAAAUGUAAUUGACUUCAGUAGAACUUAAACAUGCACUUAAGUGCUUUCCUGAAUUAGGGACAAUGAGAGUCUGACUGGCAGUUUGGCUGCUCCAUAGAACUUUCAGUGUUAGCGCAUCAUCUCCCUCUUAUUUCCUGAUUGGGAUGUAUGGAUGAAUUGUGUAGACUGAAAAAAUAUGGAGCGAGAAAGCAUUAACUUUUGUGCAAUAAGUUUCAACAGCUUGCAUUCGUUUCUUUAUUUCUCUGCUUUUGAAAUUACCCUAUCUCCUGUUCAGCCUCCUUAUCAACUAUAAUGGACAUUAUCGAGGAAACAGCCUGAAAAAUGAGUGUAUUGAUAACAAGAAACUAGAAGAGAGUCUGGAAAAUUGUGUACUGUCAUUACAGGCAAGAAGUUAACACAAAAAUACUGCAAACUGCAACCCAGUUAGCAAAGAAAGUCCAUUUAUUACAUGUUCAUAUACAUGCACACACAUUUGUUUGCUUUGUGCAGUGAGGCUUCACCUUACUGGCUCUGGUUUUGAUAUCUUUUCUAUCUUAAAGUAGCUUGCUUGCAGUUUCUUCUAGGCUGUAUCAUGCCAUUACAUGAAAUUCUCUUUAUCUUGGAAAGCUGGGUUUGCUGCUCACCAGACUAAGCACUGUUUCCUAUCAUAAUCCUCUCACUCGUCAUGCAUAAUCCUCAACUAGGCUUUAAUGUUUCUUGAUUUAUGGGGUGUUUUCAGCUCCUGUUGACAGGCUGUGUUUUUUAUGCCAAGGGAAUUAAUCCUAAAGUAAUUGCAAUUUAAUUUGGAUCAGCUGAGGUCAUAGCCAGUUCAUAACUAAUGUGUUGUGUGCAUUUAGUGGAUUUUUGUUCUUGGUUAAUUUCAUUUUCACUCCUCUGGAAACAUUUGAUUGUUUUCAUCUGAAAUAUAAUUGUAUCGGUUAUUUUGCACCCAGCCCUCUAGCCCUUACUCAUGCAAGUAGCUACAUUAACUUCAGUUGCAUCAAGUAAGAGUCAAUGAAUGGCCAUCUUCAUUGCUACCUUCUAGUCAGCUUUAUCUUAAUAUUAGUGUGAUGCUGGUGCAAAAAUAUCUGCCAGUAAAAGUUACAUACCAACAAAGAAAAAUAGCCACUUAUGUAGUUGCCUUAUAUAUGGCAUUUCAAUGUCUGAUGAGUUGCAUUAGAAACCACACAUCAAAUAAUUUAGCCAGAGGCGGAUUAAGGUUUCCUGGGGCCCUGGGCCAGAACAAGUGGUGAGGCCUUCCCCACCCCUUCUACCUGUGGUCCCGCCCCCAUUCUGCCCCCUCUAUAUGUAACCCCACCCCUUUCUUACCUUUCCCUC